GAACCACUGUCCAGAACUUUGAUCAGCGCUGGGGCUGGAUUCGCCGAACACAGGCUGCACCAGACUCCCCACUGGUCUGGAGGAAGAGCCAGGGCUGCCUGUUCCACCUGCUCCGUCUUCAUGAUGCUCCCUGGAGCCUGGCUGUUUUGGGCUUCCCUCCUGCUCCUGCCCAGGCCCACCCAGCCCUGCCCAAGGGGCUGCGACUGCUUCAUCCAGGAGGUAUUCUGCUCAGAUGAGGAGCUGGCCGCCAUCCCACCAGACAUCCCACCACAUGCCACGGACAUUGUCUUUGUGGAGACCGCAUUCACUACAGUGGGAACCAGGGCCUUCAGCGGUAACCCCAACCUGACCAAAGUGGUCUUCCUCAACACUCAGCUCCAUCACUUUGGGCCAGAUGCUUUUGGGGGGCUGCCCAGGCUGGAGGACCUGGAGAUCACGGGCAGUACCUUCUCCAACCUCAGUGCUGACAUCUUUUGCAACUUGACCUCGCUGGGCAAGUUCACCCUGAAUUUCAACACGCUUGAGGCUCUGCCCGAGGGCCUCUUCCACCACAUGGGUGCCCUGGAGUCCCUCCAGCUUCAGGGGAACCGGUUCCAAACCCUGCCUGGGAGGCUCUUCCAGCCUCUGAUGCAUCUGAAGACCCUGGACCUGGCUCAGAACCGCCUGGCCCAGCUUCCCAAGGGGCUGCUCCGCUCACUCACCAGCCUGCAGACCCUGAAACUGAGCAAUAACAUGCUCUCGGGGCUCCCUGAGGGCGUAUUUGGCAAUCUGGGCAGAUUGCAGGAGCUCUUUUUGGAUGGCAACGGCAUCAGGGAGCUGUCCCCGGAGGUGUUCUCCGGGCUCUUCUGCCUGCAGAAGCUGUGGCUGCAGCACAAUGCCAUCCACCACCUGCCGCCCUCCGUCUUCGCCUCCCUGGGCAAUCUGACCUUUCUGAACCUGCAGGGGAACCAGCUGCGGAUGCUGCCCGCAGGCCUCUUUACCCACAACCCAGGCCUGGUGGGCCUGUCCCUGUCCCACAACCGGCUGGAGACUAUCCCUGAAGGCACCUUUGCCAACCUGUCCAGCCUCGUUUCCCUCACGCUGUCUCACAACGCCAUCGCCCACCUCCCCGCUGGGGUCUUCAGGGACCUGGAGGAGUUGGUUAAGCUCUACCUGGGCAGCAACAACCUGACCGUCUUGCACCCUGCCCUCUUUCACAACCUGUCCAGGCUCGAGCUGCUCAGCCUCUCCAGGAACCAGCUGUCCACUCUCCCGGGGGGCAUCUUUGACACCAACUACAACCUGUUCAACCUGGCCCUGCACGGCAACCCCUGGCAGUGUGACUGCCACCUGGCCUACCUCUUCACCUGGCUGCUCCAGUACAGCGACCAUCUCCUCCACAUCCACACCUACUGUGGGGGCCCUGCCUACCUCAAGGGGCAGUCAGUACUCGCUUUGAAGGAAGAGCAGCUGGUGUGCCCUGUCACCCGAGACCGUUUGGGCUUCCAGACCCCGGGGAUGGGUGACAGGGAGCUAGGGGACAUCUGGGAUCUGACGGUGGAGGAAAGGGCAGUCCAGAGGCGGUGCACCUACAGUAACCCUGAGGGCACUGUCGUGCUGGCCUGUGAUGAGGCCCAGUGUCGCUGGCUGAACGUCCAGCUGUCUCCUAGGCAGGGUUCAGGCUCCCUGGCGAUGAAAUACAAUGCCAGUCAGGAAUGGGACUUGAGGUCCAGUUGUGGCUCUGUGAGAGUCACUGUGUCUAUUGAGGCUCGGGCAGCGGGGCCCUAGGUACAGAUCCAGGAGCCUGGACAGUAGCUCCUUGGGCCUGACCAGGCAAGGGGCAGGAGAGGGGUUGGGUCUCAAGUUUUGGCUUUUCUGAUGCAAGGGACAUGGUCACAUGAGGUGGAGUUAGACUGCUCCGCCCAGCAUGGCUUUCCCCUCUUCUUCCCUCAUCAUCCCCUCUCAGGGUCUGUGACCUGACAAGGUCAUCCUUAUGCCUUGCAGAGCACCCUUGAAAGCUGCACUGUGCUUUGGAGAAUAAACCUCCCCGCUCCGGUGGUUUGAGAGUCUUAGUCCCGCCCGCUCCGCCCUGUCCAGAGCUCCAGCCCCGGAGCAUUUCCGCCACUUCCAGCUCAAAACACACACCUCUGUUUCAAUGCCUUGCCUGAAAUUUUGUUUUAUUGGAUAGAGAGGUGACAAAGGAAAUGGCAGAAGUAGAGGUGGCCAGAGAAGCAGGGCCUGGGUUCCUGUUAGGAAAUCGUGUCAUCUGCGCCCAACUGUGUGCAGGAGAAAUCAAGAUGAAAGGGCGCCCUGGGAAGGUCAAGGCCAGCUGCUGGCUCUCAUGACACGAAGCCACAGAGGGCAGAGGUGCUUUGCUGGAUAGGCACACAGGGCCACUGCAUGAGGAUGCAGGAGGGGGCGAGGGGAGGAGAGGGAGGGACGGUGAGCUGGGUGGGCUGUGGCCACCUGCUUUUCUCACAGCCUGACUCUCUGGGCUGCUCAUUCUCUGGAAUUGUUCCUCCUUGGUCCCUGAUUCUUUGUCUACUUUUUUUUUCUAGGUACUAGGGAUUUAACCAAGGGGUGCUUUACCAUUGAGCUAUAUUCCCAGGCCUUUUUAUUUUUUAUUCAGAGAAAGGGUCUCACAAAGUUGCUGAGGCUGACCUUGAACUUGAAAUCCUCUGUCUCAGCUUCCUGAGUUGCUGGGAUUACAGGCGUGUGACACCGUACCUGGUUCUCCCUUGGUUUUAGUCACUGCUGCCUACCCACCCCACCACACUUCAGUGUUCCUCAGCCACCACCUACACACCAGCCUCCUCUGGAGUCCUGUAUUCCCACCUCCCAGUAAUCUCAGUUGGAGGCUCCUUCCACACUGAUGACCCCAAACUCCUUUUGGGGCUCAGCUCACCUUGGCUGCUCAUUGGCCUGUGCCUGCUUAGCAGUCCCAGGAUCUACAGCCAGCCAUAUGCUGAUCUAAACCAAGCUGUAUCCCCAGCUCCUCCUGGGUUCCUGUCCAGCAAACUGGCAAGCUGACAGUAUCCUCCAAUCUCUUCCCCUCCUUAUCCUGUGGCCAAAUAGUUAGUCAACGAAUGUUCCAGAUUUAGCUUCCACUUCUCAAUCCCCAGACUCUAUCUCCUUGUCUUCCUUCCUAGUUUCCUGGCUGUAGAGGGAGCAAUGAAUCAGCAGGUCCCUCCAGCAUCCUACCACUGGGGCAGAGAUCAGACAAGAGUGCAGGGCACGGCAUGGCAGUGCAUACCUGUAACCCAGCUUCUCAGGAGGCUGAGGAGGAGGCUUGCAAGUUUAAGACCAGCCUGGGCAAGUGAGCAAGACCUGUCACAAAAGAAGAAGAACUGGGGAUGUAUCAGAGUGGUAGAGAGCUGCCUAGCACACAUGAGGCCCUGAAUGAAAAAAAAAAAAAAAAAAAAGGCAAGCAUGAAGGGAAGAACAGAACACAAAGCACAAAGAGGGGAGCGUUGGCAAACACUCGGGAGUCAGAGAACACCCCUCAGACGACAAGAACCUCGGAUCGGUUGGUCCUGGGCCUUGCGGGGGCGGUGCACAGGAGACAUGUGCAGCAAGAGUGGGAGCUGAGGGCUAGAGACAUGCAGGGCUGUGGGACUGUAGAGCAGGCCACUCGAUGGGGGAGAGUGGAGGAGGGGAGCAAGGUUGGGGGAACCCAGAGGAGCCCCAUUCUGCAGGGCCUCUGGGUGUGGAAAGAGAGGUUUGCAUACUUAGUUAGGAUGCUCCAGGCAGCUUAUGCAGAGGGACAUGUUCCUGCCUGUGCUUCAGGUAGGUGGCCCAGCAGUUUGAGGGGAGCAAGAGGAGGGUAAACAGUGAAGGCUCUUGGAUGGCGUGAGAUGGAAGCCAUGAGGGUCAGCAUGCUAAGGAAAUGGAACCCAAAGCUAAAAAGAUUGAAACAGCUAACUGCGAGUUACAGAAAUGCAAAUUACAACAAGAUAUCACGUGACAUCUAUUAGACCCACAAAGACUAGAGAGUUGGAUCAUGCCAAGUGUGGGCGGGGUAGGGGCUCCAGGGCCUGCUGGUGGGUGCAGCUCUGGGAAAUCCAGCAGUUCUGAGUUGAAGAGGGUUGGGGAGGGAGCUGAGUGGGUGAGGUUGGGCAAAGUGGAAAAGAAGCAUGUGGUCAGUCUCAGGAGUUUCCCUCCUGGGUGGCUGAGGAUAGCGAGGGGUCCUGAACUGAGGGCAGGGGCAGGUUCAGGAGAAUGAAGGGGCAAGAUGACCAGACAAGGAAGCACAACUCCCCUGGCUCCUGCAGGGCAUUUUACAGACCAGUUUCUUUUUCUUUUUGACCCUAGCAGUGCUUGUGUAUGCUGGGCAAGUGCUCUGUCACUGAGCUACAUCCUUGGCCCACAAACAGGUUUCUGGACACUCAAACCAAUGAAAUGUUAAGCUGAUGGACAGUAGUCAGCAGAUUCACAAAGCAUAGAUUCUCAAAGACACUCGGUUCCAUUUCCAAAAUCAUUUGGCUUAAGAGUGCUCUUGGGCACAUCUUCCAAGGGUGGAGAACUCGGCCUCAGAGAGAUGGAGGAGGCUGGGCUGUGUUAGGCUGCUGGCUCCCAUCUAGGUGUGCUGACCACCAUCUGGGAAGUGACAUCACCCUGCACCCCAGAGGAGUUUUGUGAAUCUCCAUCUAAGGAAUGCGUGUCUGAGCUAUAGACAUGGCCCAAGUACUCAUGUGUCCCCUGGCGGGAUGGAGGGGCAAGUAAUCUAGCAGAUGUUUCUUUCAAGCACACUUUUCCCCCAGAAUAUAACUCUGGAUUAAAUUAAAAUAAUUUUUCUCUCUGCCACGUGAUGCUGAGGAAGCAGCCCGCACAGAUGGAGUUAUGGUGAGUGAUAGGCGGCUCUGAGUGAGCCAAGGCACCCCAGGGUCUUCGGGUCUUGUCGCCUUACGGGGUGUUCCAGUUUGGCCCAACAGUUGAAUUUUUAAUGGGUUUUGGUCUAGAAUCAGUGCAACCCCUCACUUCCUUAAUGCUUGGCAUUUGGUAAAUCAUGCCUUUUCUCUGGGCCUGUUUCUUCAUCUGUAUAAUAAGGUUGGUUGAACCCUAAAAUUAUCUGGGAGAUUUAAAGAAAACAGUAGGGGCUGGGGGUGUAGCUUAGUGGGGGAGAGCCUGUCUAAUGUGCCCAAGGUCCUGCUUUCAAUUCCUAACACUGGAAAAAAUAGAAGGUUAAGCUUUAACUGGGCGUGGUGGUGUGCACCUGUGGUCCGGGCUCCCCUGGAGGCUGAGGCUUGAACCCAGGAGCUAGAGAGCAGCUGGACAAAGUGUGGAAACCUCUAUUUCAAAAAGCAAAAUAAAACAAAGUCCAGUAAAAAUCAAACUGGAGUGCUUGGACCCCAUCUUCUGAUAUUCUGAUUGAUUUCCUUGGGACAUAGAGGGGAACACAGAUAUCAGCU